AUGAGAGUCACAUGUCUCAUGACCUUGUUUUGGCCAUUCUCUACGCUGCUACUAUUUGACAAAAGCCAGGCCUCUGAAACAGAAGUCAAAUAUAAUUUCACGGGAAGGAAUUAUUCCUUGAUUCCAGAGGAUAUCAGUAACAAUGUUACCAUCCUUGAUCUCAGUUAUAACCAGAUCACCCUCAAUGCUUCAGACAUCAGGGUGCUACAGAUGUAUUCUUUACUCACAGAGCUCUACUUAAUGGAGAAUAACAUUACUGUCAUAUAUAAUAAUAGCUUCAGUAAUCUCUCCAACCUGCAAAUUUUAAAUAUCUGUGGAAAUGCCAUCAGUGUAAUUGAACAAGGCUCAUUUGUUGGCUUAAAUGAAGUAAAAGAGUUGUAUCUUUGCCAAAACAAAAUAUUACAACUGAAUCCCAAUACAUUUGUGCCUCUAAACAACCUGAAAGUACUGAAUCUGCAAGGCAACUUGAUAAGCCACUUCGCUGCACCACAACUAUUCCAUCUGGAGUUACUAACUUUGGAUGGCAAUCCAUGGAACUGCACCUGUAGUCUACUCGAGUUGCAGAACUGGCUGAACAAGUCUCAUGUGACAUUAGAAAAUGAGAGCAUCACCAUGUGUAGCUACCCAGAUGACCUAAAGCACUACAGCAUCAAGUCAGCACCCUUUUCAACUGAAUGCCACUCUAAAUUUAUUUCCACUAUAACCGAAGAUCUUUAUAUUGAUUUUCAGUCUAUUGGGAAUUCAACUUCUAACAGCCCCUUAAACAACUUAACAAAGAAGUCAGAACAUGAACCUCUUGGAAAAAGCUGGGCUCUCCUUGUUGGUGUUGUCAUCACUGUACUGAUAACUUCACUCCUCAUCUUUAUCGCUAUCAAGUGUCCAGUAUGGUAUAAUAUUCUGCUUAGUUACAAUCAUCAUCGCCUAGAAGAGCACGAAGCAGAAAUCUAUGAAACUGAUCUUACUAGAAACCCAAGUUCUCUUUCACAAAUCACAGAUACGAACUCUGAAGACACCACAGUAAUAUUUGAACAGUUGCAUUCAUUUGUGGUAGAUGAUGAUGGGUUUAUUGAAGACAGAUAUAUAGAUAUCAAUGAGGUACAUGAAGAAAAAUAA